CCUCCACUCCCCCCCGAUAUCCUCGAAAUUUUCCUUCUCGUUUUCUCUCUCUUUCUCUCCAACCAAACAGACAAGAUAAGCUGUUUCUAGCUAAUGUAAGCGUGUAGGCCUUCGCCUUUCAAUUAUUCUGCUCGACAAAUUUCAUUUCCCGACUUCUUCGUAUACAUUCUUUUGCUUCGUUCAAAUUUGAUUUUCCAUUUUGAAAGAAUUGGACCCACCGCCAUUUUUCUUUCCAAAUAAACUUCCCUUUUUUUAUUUAAUUUAUAUACACACAAUCAAGUGUAUUUUCCGUUCUCUAAAAACCCAUCUUCUUGGACAUCAAGAUCUUGAGAGCACAAGGCCAUUUGUGAGAUUACAAAAAAAAAAUUAUAAUGGAGAGAAACGACAGUAUAGAGAUGGAUCAGGAGAGACUGACGGCAGAGAUGGCGUUCACGGAUUCUUCGUCGGCCGUUAUCAGAAUCCGGCGACGUUUACCGGAUUUCUUAACGUCCAUCAAGCUCAAGUACGUGAAACUAGGGCUCCAUUACUCUUGCAACCCUGCGACCAUCCUUUUCUUCGCCGUUAUUCUACCGUUAAGCGGAGCGGUCCUUGUUCAGCUUACCGGUCUGAAACUCGAUACGCUCUCCGAGUUAUGGUCUAACCCGGCGGUUCAGCUCGACGCCGCGACGAGGCUAACCGGUUCGGUUUUCCUCUGCUUUGUUUUGGGUCUCUACCUAGCAAAGCGGUCGAGUCCGGUUUGCCUCGUGGAUUUCGCGUGUUACAAACCGGAAGACGAACGGAAAAUGUCGGUGGAGUCGUUCUUGACCAUGACGGAGGAAAACGGAGCGUUUAACGAGGAAACGGUUCAGUUCCAGAGGAGGAUAUCAACUCGGGCCGGUUUAGGAGACGAGACGUACCUGCCACGUGGCAUAACCUCGAGACCCCCGAAACUGUGCAUGUCGGAGGCACGUGCCGAGGCCGAGGUUGUGAUGUUCGGAGCCCUGGACGCACUCUUCGACAAAACCGGUGUUAAACCGAACGAUGUCGGGAUCUUGAUCGUGAACUGUAGCUUGUUCGUGCCGACGCCGUCAUUGUCGGCGAUGAUCGUGAACCGUUACAAGAUGAGAGAAGACAUAAAAAGCUACAACCUUGGUGGAAUGGGUUGCUCGGCGGGAUUGAUCUCCAUCGAGCUCGCCAAGAACCUUCUAAAAGCAAACCCUAAUUCUUACGCCGUCGUUGUGAGCACGGAGAACAUCACUCUGAACUGGUACUUCGGAAACGACCGGUCAAUGCUUCUCUGCAACUGCAUUUUCCGGAUGGGCGGCGCCGCUGUUCUCCUCUCGAACCGCCGACAAGACAGGUCACGGUCAAAGUACGAACUCAUCCACCUCGUACGGACCCACAAGGGCUCCGACGACAAGAACUACAACUGCGUAUACCAGAAGGAGGACGAGAAGGGAGCCAUCGGAGUCUCGUUGGCUCGUGAGCUGAUGGCCGUGGCAGGGGACGCGUUGAAGACGAACAUCACGACGCUAGGACCGCUCGUGUUGCCCUUGUCGGAACAGUUUAUGUUCUUCAUGACACUUGUGAAGAGGAAGUUCUUUAAACUAAAAGUCAAACCCUACAUACCGGAUUUCAAGCUCGCGUUCGAGCAUUUCUGCAUCCAUGCAGGUGGACGAGCCGUUCUUGAUGAGGUGGAGAAGAAUCUUAACCUCAGAGAUUGGCAUAUGGAGCCUUCUAGGAUGACUUUGCACAGGUUUGGUAAUACGUCGAGCAGCUCGCUUUGGUAUGAACUGGCGUACACCGAGGCCAAGGGCCGGGUCUCGGCUGGAGACAGGCUGUGGCAGAUAGCGUUCGGGUCGGGUUUCAAGUGUAACAGCGCGGUUUGGAGGGCGUUACGGGCCGUAUCAGCGACCGAGAUGAAGGGUAACCCGUGGGUCGGUUCGGUAGAGAAUUACCCGGUUAAGAUUUAACCUGCCGACCGGUUUAGACCAAGGCGGUACUGAUUCAUUUAUAUGCCUUAUGCUAUCAUUUUAUAUUGAUUGUUGGUUUUUGGUGAUAAAAGAACCAAUAUAUGGAUGGAUGUUUGGUGCGUUUACGUGGGAAAUUUGUCGAACCAAGAACGAUA